GAGAGCGCCACUAGGUGGGUGAGGGAACGAGGGCACGGCUGAUCCGUCCGUUGAUGGGAUCCGCGGCUCGGUAACGGGGGGAGGAUAUUACCGACUGUUAGCAGGUAAGACUGAUUUGAAGAUGCCUCUUUUUGGUGAAAUUGUUGUGAUUAAAAGGAAUGGUUCAGACGGAACCCAUUUUCCGUUGACUGCAACUACCUGUUUGUUUGGAAGAAAAGCAGAAUGUGACAUUCGAAUUCAAUUGCCCCAUGUCUCAAAAGAACACUGCAGAGUUGAGAUUAAGGAGAACAAAGAGGUUUUUGUGACCAAUUUAAGUAUUGUGAACCCUACACAAUUGAAUGGAAGAGCUAUUCAACAGCCUGUUCGUCUCAAACAUGGUGAUGUGCUAACCAUCAUAGAUCGUUCUUUUAGGUUUGAAGAAGCCGGUUCGAAACCAGUUCGCAGACGUUCCACUGGUUUGGGAUCUGAAACAUAUCAGGUGUUGCCAAAUGAACAACAUUCGAGCGCAGAUGAGACUGUAAUGUGGGAUAGUUCCAGAAUAAGCAAAGGGUCACGGAAAUCAGAAGGAGUUGUCUCCAAAAGCACACAUACACGUCGAUCUCUCCAAAUAUCUUCAUCAAAGCAUAGCAAAGAUCUGUCUCCUUUCAGUGAAUUAUAUGAAAUGUUCAAAAGCAAGGUUGAAUCCAAAAAAUCUAAAUCGCCUGCAAAGAAAACUGGAGGCUCUCCAAAAAACUUAAGUGACAACAUUUUGCAGGCAGAAAAUGUUAAUCAGUCUCCUUUUACACCCAAAAGAAUCUCCAGAGGAGCUAAAGCAAAGGUUGGAGGACCAGAGGUUCUCCUUGAUGCUGUCACCAAUGAGAAUGGUUACUCCUCAAAAAGUCCAUCCAGGGGUCGAAGAUCUUCUUUAGCAAGACAAAAGAGCAAUGAACGCUCUGAAAACAAUGCCUAUGUGCAUGUGGAGGAGGUAAAAGCAGAUUUUCCUUUGGUUCAGGAGCUGCGAAGUAAUUCAAAGCAAGUUGGGGUUGAUGGAGAAAACAAAGCUAGAUCCCCUCGACAAUCUAGAAGGUCUUCAUCUGAAUCUCAUGUGUUUUCUUCUUCUGAUACUUCAAUUCAGCAUGGAGAGAAAAAGAGUGAAAAGCAUUCUCCUAGAAGAUCUAGUUCUGGACCAACAGUUAAUGUCGGUACAAGUGUUCCUGAUUCGCACAGUCCCCGUCAAAGAAAAGGCAAACAAGCUGAGCAGCCUGGAGAAGGAAAGGCAGUAAGUUAUUCAGAAAGUUCCCCAGUACAGCCAACAGAUGUAUCACUUACUCAAACUCGGAGAAGUUCACCUCAAGCCCAAAUUAGUAAAGUAGCUAUGAUACUUCAAGAUAAAACCAUUGCUGGAGGAGAUCCUGGUGCUUCACCACGGUCCAGAAGAGUGUCCCAGAUGUCUGUAAGAGGAGGUUCACCCAAAGCUAUGGAUUUAAACGCUGAAACUACUGCAAUUGGAUCCAAAAAGUCACCUAGAAAACGAAGAAGUGAUGAACUUGCACUUCCUGAGCCACCAAUGAAAAGGAAGAGGGUUUCAUUUGGUGGACAUCUUAGUCCUGAGCUUUUUGAUAAGAGACUUCCUCCAAAUUCCCCUCUGAAGAGAGGAGCAACACCAGCUCGACGGAGUUUGUCUAUCAGCACACCUAGUGCAGUUAUUCGAAAGAGUUUUGGUCUCAAACAGUCUGUAAUAAAGGAAAUGCAUGAUUUGCAAUCUUUGAGAGUUGGAUCUCACAAUAUCACACCAGAUAAGAAAUCUUUGGCUACUGGAUCUCCUAUUUCUACUACCACCACAGCGUCUAAUAUUUCUCCUAUUAAGACCCCAUCCAGAAGAUCCUCUGCUCGAACUCUGGCCCAGCCUUACUCCACAGCUAAAUCUCCCAUUAGAGCAUCUUCUGUGACAACUCCAGCAAAGACUCAUGUGACCAUUCCGGCAUCUGUCCCAACCAAAAUAUCACCUGCCAAGAGAUCGCCUAAAGCUUCUCCUUCCAAAACACUGGUCAAGAAGUCUCCCAUCAAGACAACACCUGUCAAGUCUCCUGCCAAGAGGUCCCCCGCCAAAGCCACGCCUGCCAAGUCUCCUCUAAAGAGGUCCCCCGCCAAGGCCUCGCCUGCCAAGUCUCCUCUAAAGAGGUCCCCCGCCAAGGCCUCGCCUGCCAAGUCUCCUCUAAAGAGGUCCCCCGCCAAGGCCUCGCCUGCCAAGUCUCCUCUAAAGAGGUCCCCCGCCAAGGCCUCGCCUGCCAAGUCUCCUCUAAAGAGGUCCCCCGCCAAGGCCUCGCCUGCCAAGUCUCCUCUAAAGAGGUCCCCCGCCAAGGCCUCGCCUGCCAAGUCUCCUCUAAAGAGGUCCCCCGCCAAGGCCUCGCCUGCCAAGUCUCCUCUAAAGAGGUCCCCCGCCAAGGCCUCGCCUGCCAAGUCUCCUCUAAAGAGGUCCCCCGCCAAGGCCUCGCCUGCCAAGUCUCCUCUAAAGAGGUCCCCCGCCAAGGCCUCGCCUGCCAAGUCUCCUCUAAAGAGGUCCCCCGCCAAGGCCUCGCCUGCCAAGACUCCUCUAAAGAGGUCCCCCGCCAAGGCCUCGCCUGCCAAGACUCCUCUAAAGAGGUCCCCCGCCAAGGCCUCGCCUGCCAAGACUCCUCUAAAGAGGUCCCCCGCCAAGGCCACGCCUGCCAAGAGGUCUCCCGCCAAGGCGACGCCUGCCAAGAGGUCUCCCGCCACAGCGUCCCCAGCCAUCCCUUAUACAAAGGGCCGUUUUUCAAUUUCUCGUAUUAAUACACCACCUUCUACUGCACAAGGAAUGCUUGCCUCUCGAACACCGAAGUCGUCUCGAAAAUCCUCUACAUUAAAAAAAACUCCAUCAAGGAGAAGUCGAAAGCUUGAUGCUCUUGAAAUGAUCCGUGCUAGGAGGAGAACUGGUGCCUCAGAAGCUAACUUGCUUUUGGCAAGAUCGUGGGCUGAUGUUGUUAAAAUUGGAGUGGCAAAACCCCAAAAGAAAAAUGACAAGCCUGCUAUCAAAGUUAAACGAAGGAAGCAUAAAGUGCUUAAGACUCCAGCUAAAAAACUAAAGGCAAUCUCCAGUACAGGCCAUGCAGAUUCCCCGGCAACAAUUUUGAUUGGAAAGGCUCAUACAAGAUCUGUGAACCUAAUAGGCCAUGUUCCUAAGGUUGUGAGGAACCAAGCUUCAAAAAUAACUAUUGAUAAGGAUGAAAGCUUUACAGGCAUUUCUGAACUAUUUACCACACCCGUGAGUAAUAAACAAAGGAGAAGUGCCCGCAGAGAAGGCAAUGCUACAGGCACACCAAGAUCUGUUUCAGAGAUGUCUGAGAUGAAGACUCCGGAGGAAUCAGGUGAAAUGGUAGUCUCUCCAAUUAAUAGUCAGUUUACAACACAAAGGAAGAAGUAUAGUAGGGAUGCAGUGUCUCGUCUUCUUAGAAGUCCUGUGUCACCUGAGCUGCUUAAAGUAAAUCAAGUAAUAGAAACUACUUCAGCAGUCUUUCAAAGUGAGACAAUAGAGCUUGAGUCGGCAUUAACCAAAGCUCGGGAAUCUAAGAAAGACAAAGGGACAAAUAUCUCCAAAGAGAAGAGGAAAUCUAUUGACCUGACUGGAAUUAAAAGAAUUAUGAAAACCCCCAAACAGAAAGGGAAACCAGUUACUGAUCCUAUAGCAUUGAAGAAGUUGCUAAGAACACCAAAAUAUGCAGUGUCUUUGCCUGUAGUUUAUACUCGCAGAUCUUCUAAUCUUGAAGACUUGGUGGGAAUUAAAAAUCUUAUGAAAACUCCCAAGCAAAAAGGAGAACCAGUGCAGGACAUGGCUGGAAUCAAACGCAUAAUGAAGACCCCCAGACAGAAGGGAGAACCAGUGGAAGAUCUAAGUGGUAUCAAGCACAUUGUGAGGACACCUAGACAAAGAGGAGAGCCAGUUGAAGACAUGAUUGGCAUCAAACGAAUAAUGACAACACCCAAAGAAAAAGGCCAGCCAGUAGAGGAUAUGGUGGGCAUCAGUCGUAUCAUGAGUACACCAACAGAAAAUACACAUCCAAUUGAAGAAAUAUUUGGAAUUAAGCAACUAAUAAAAACCCCACCCAAGAAGUCAAAUGUGAUUGAACAGGUAUUAACGUCAGGAGAUCAGGUGCAGACUGAGAGCAAUAAAUCAGCAGAAGCAACCGUGGAUGCUGGCAGCCCUAAAACGUCCCGUCGAAAAUCAUCAAAACGGCUAUCUCUAACUGGCCCUUCAAUAUCUGUUGAAGUUCAGCCCUUAGAAGAAAAUGAUGUGCCAAGUAAUGGUGUAGUUAAGUCCAUUAGUACUGGCAGAAGAGGACGCCCUUCAAAGAGCGCUUUGAGUGUUGGACAACUCGGCUCAGAUACACCGAAACAGCGAGAAAAGAAAACUGAAGAAUUAAAAGCUGAUCUCUCUCCUAAAAAUAAAAGGACACCAACGAAGUUAACACAAACAAUUGCUGAAACAAGCAAACUAGAAAGUGUAUCUGCUCAGACUUUAGAAGACAGUCUUCACAGUGGCGGUAUAGCUGAUAAAACCACACCACGAAAGGUUGGCCGGCCUUCCAGGAGCAGUCUGUCCCAGGGAACUAACACAGUGUUGCCUACUGAUGUCAACACUCUGGAAGUUUCAAACGAUCAAAUAACCAGCAGUGAAAUCUCCACAUCUAAACGGAGAUCAAGGUCUUCCUCAAGUGUUCCUAACGUUUCUAUUUCUUCUCAAGCUACACCUAAGCGACAAAAGAUUACUGAAGAAGUUAAAGCUCAACCUUCCCCUAAGACUAAAACACUUGGCAAGUCCCCUGAGGCUGGUACAAUAACUCUUGUAACUUUGCAAGCAUCACUAGAAACAAGUCCACAAAGUAGCAGUGGAGCUGAUAAAUCCACUCCAAGGAGAAGAGGACGACCUUCCAAGAGCACUUUGUCUGCUCAGUCUCCUGCUGUCACAGCAGAUGAACCGAACUUGGCUACACCAAAACAAUUGGAAAAGAAAACUGAAGUAAAAGUGCAACCAACUCCUAAAACUAAAACACCUACUAAGUCACCUGCAGCAAGCAAAUUACAGUAUGCAGCUGUGGAGGCAUCACUAGAAACUAGUCAACAAAGUGACAGCAAAGCUGACAACUCCACCCCAAGACGAGGUCGACCUUCCAAGAGCAGGCAGGCUGAUCUCUCUUCAUCUGCCCAAGUAGAUGUACCCAUCUUGGCUACACAGAAACAAUUAGAAAAGAAAACUGAAGAAGUAAAAGUUCAACCAUCUCCUAAAACUAAAAGAACACCUGCCAAGUCGCCUGAAGCAAGCAAGCUACAGUAUGCAACUGUGGAAACCUCACUAGAAACUAGUCAACCGAGUGACAGCAAAGCUGAUGACACCACCCCAAGAAGACGAGGCCGACCUUCCAAGAGUAGUCAGGCUGAUCUCUCUUCUUCUGCCCAAGCAGGGGAACCCAGCUUGGCUACACCAAAGCAAUUGGAAAAGAAAACUGAAGAAGUAAAAGUUCAACCAUCUCCUAAAACUAAAAGAACACCUGCCAAGUCGCCUGAAGCAAGCAAGCUACAGUAUGCAACUGUGGAAACCUCACUAGAAACUAGUCAACCGAGUGACAUGAAAGCUGAUGACACCACCCCAAGAAGACGAGGCCGACCUUCCAAGAGUAGUCAGGCUAAUCUCUCUUCUUCUGCCCAAGCAGGGGAGCCCAGUUUGGCUACACCAAAGCAAUUGGAAAAGAAAACUGAAGAAGUAAAAGUUCAGCCAUCUCCUAAAACUAAAAGAACACCUGCCAAGUCGCCUGAAGCAAGCAAACUACAGUAUGUAGCUGUGGAGGCAUCACUAGAAACUAGUCAACCAAGCAAAGCUGAUAACUCCACCCCAAAAAGACGAGGCCGACCUUCCAAGCGCAGGCAGGCUGAUCUCACUGCAUCUUCCCAAGAAGAACAAGAUUUAGAUCAAUCGACACAACCAGGCAAAGGAUUGGAAAAUUCAAGAACUCUUAUUGCUCCUGAGCAAAGAAGUACACGUGGUAAAUUGUCCAACAUGAUACCACAGUCCCUUGAGCAAAGAGAUGUACAUGUUAAAUCCCCUCCAACCAAGAGAAGAGGUCGAGUAUUGACUGAGGAAUCCGGUUCCACACAACUUGAACCAAAAUCUGCACCUGCAAAGUCUUCUCAAAAAACAUUAAGGCAAAGCAAAAGGGAUGCUAAAGGUUUAGAAGAAUCUGUGCAGCAGCAUUCAGAAGAGUUAACUGAAGAUAAUUUGGAUAAUUCAUCUGUAAGUCUUUCAUCAAGAUCAAGCAGGAGAACUGUGCAAAAAGAAAACACAAAGCCCAAAGCAAAGGAUUCUGUGCAAGAAAGUGAAAGUACUGCAUCUGCACCAUUACAAAGAGGGAAAAGAAAUCGGACACAAACCUCUGAUUCUGCUGCAGCGAGUGAGUCUACCUUGUCAGAUGCACAGCCAGAACAUUUAGCAAAUAAAUCUUCUGAGAAGGCAGUUGGCAUACGAGUUGGGAGAAGUAAGAAGACUGUGGUGGACCCAAACGAGCAAAUGUCAGAGGCAAAUAAGUCUGCGCUGACUGAAGCACAGCCAGCACAACAAACAAAAAAAUCCUCUCCAGUUGGAAAGCGUGUUGGCAGACGGGCUGGGAGAAGUAAGGAACCUGUCGAAGAGGCAAAUGAGCAGUUGUCAGAAGACAAUCAAUCAAAGUUGGUUGAAGCAGAGCCAGAGAAGUUAACAGAAAAAUAUUCUCCUGCAAAAACUGUCAGUAGACGUACUGGGAGAAGUAAGAAGGUUGAAGAGGCAAAUGAACAAUUAACCGGUCUUAAAGAAGAUAGCUUCAGUACAGUACGAGAAGCCUUGGCAAACAGCACUAAUAUAUCAGAUGGAGAGUUGAAUCCAGUUGAACAGAAGUCAAUUACAAGAGCAUCAAGACGUCAAAAAGAUGUGCUUGCUGCAGAUAAUACAGAAACUCAAAGCAAGAAAUUGCGCGGAAGGCUAACUUCGCCUGAAAAUAUUUUGCAAAGAUCUGAUGCAGCAUCACUUACCGAGUCUGCGAACACAAAAAUGUCACAACCUGCUAGGAGAGGUAGGACUGCCAGAAAAGACAAUACAGUUUCUACUUCUGAAGGGAAAGAUCAUGAGAAUAGUUCAUCCGAAUCUACAAGUAAAGAUGCAAUUGUGCUUGCAAAUCAGGUUGCUGAUAACCUUUUAACCCUCAAAAAUUUGAGGGGAAGAAGAAAAAAUCUGAGUGUAGAAGAGAGUACAUCUUUGGUUGUUGAAGAUAAUGAAAAUACAACACUGGGAUCUAAACAAACAAUUACUAAAAGAUCUGCACGUGGUAAGAGAGACACACCACCAACAGAUGUUUUGCAUACUGAAAUUAAUGUUACAAUGAGGCAUUCUGCAAGAGCCAGACCUUCACAACCUUCUGAUGAACAAAAUAAAAUUGUGAAGGAGCAUAAUUCAAAGACCAAAUCAGUACAAUGGCACCCUCUUGUGGCUUCUCAAGGAACUUUACCAGAGAGCCAAACUGCAAAAAUUGUGGAGGCCGAGUCUCCAAGCAUUGGUCGCCGUAAAGGGAAGGACAAACAGGCAGUCAAGGAAUCCAUUCCAGCUAAAAGGUCUCUUCGAGGAAGGGUUGAAGAAAAUUAUAUGGUUCCCACUGCUGAAACAAGUCCUGUCAAAGCCAAAAGAAGCCCUGCCAAAAAAGUAAAGAGAUUGCAAUUAAAAGAAGUUCCAGAUGAAGAUGCUUCAAGGAGAGAGCUAGAUCGUCUUACACCAAACUUGGCUUUGGAAGAAACUGUGACAGUUGAGAAGAGGGGUAAAGGCAGGAGAACCAAUAAAUCCUCACAGAAAGAUUCUUCUGAUUUUACACAUAGUAAGUUUAGUGCUGAAUCAAACAUGCCUCUUCACAAAGAUAUUUCAAAUCAGAAAGAAAGGCAAAGAGGAGCAAUCUCUAAAGCUUUACACCUGGAAAAUAAUGAAGUUGAAGAAAGUGCUGUUACAAAUAGAAGAGGGCGUAGAGCAGCCAUUCAAGCUUAUCCUCAGGAAAAUAUAAACAAGUCUCCCAUCAAAAGUUUAAAAAAGGGAGCUUCAAUUUCUGAAAGCAAGGACUCUGAAAACAAUGCACCUAAAUCAAGGCAGGGUGUGAAAAGGAAAAUAACGAGUGUUGAGCCUAUAAAUGAAAGUUCAGAUGUAGCAGUCCUUGUGACUGUUUCAUCGUCCACCAAACGCACCAGAAGAAAUGCAAAAAAUAUUUCAAUGCAAAAUAAAGAGUCUCCAGCAAAGAAACAGAAAACAGAAGCAGCUAUUGAUGCAACUCAGAAAGCUGGGAAAUCACGAAGUGUAUCUAAAGCUGAAAACGAGAAGGCAGCUAAAGUGAUAACCAGAGUAACAACUACCAGAGCAAGUGCACGCACAAAGAAAUAAUUGUGAAUGUAUUGAUUCCUUUUUUAAUUUUUAAUUUUUUUUUUUUAAGGUCUGCUUUCAUCCUGUGCUAAAUUAAAUGACUACAGAAUUUUUCGAAUCAUUUAAGUUUUUAUGUAAUUUUUAGAUGUUUCAAAGUUUUGAGCACAGCAGCUUUUCCUCAAAAAAUGUAAAUUUUUAUAUUUUUAUCUAAUAUUUUAUUCAAUUUUGUCAUAGACCGUUCUAAGCUUUAUAUUUUAAGCAAUAUAUCCUGUGACUGGAAUUUGGAAAUGUUCUAAGUCUUUUUGAUUUUUUUUUGGUUUUUUGUUUUAUUUUUUUAUUUUUUUUUUUAAAUUGCCCCUGUAUUACAUGUUAGAAUGGUUUGUGAUGUUGAAUAAAUUAAACUGCCAGUCUUUUUUUAUAUAGGUCUUAUAUUUUUGUGGUUUAAAAUAAAAUGUAAUGAAGUGAUUCUUAAUUUGUCACAGUAGUGAUUGACUCACUUAUGUGUUGGAGAUUGUAUUAAAGUCAUUCCUGUGUCUGUAAUUAAGUCUUUAAUUGGAUUUACAAAAUUCCAGCUAUACUCAGUCUUAGACUUAUUGAUUACAAACAUAAAACACAAGAUUGUAAUGUUGCUUUUAAAAA